CUAUUCUCUGCCGUCAGAACCAGCCGAGCUGCACACCACGUCCAAGGGCACAGGUCGCUGUGGCCAAUGCCCUCCGUCGCCCCACCCGAGCUGCCUAGCCAACCAGACGUGCCCCAGUAAAGUCUCCCCGCAUCGGCAAUUGAGCGCGUCCCCUCGUGCCUUCCUCUCGGGGAGCGGUUGCCGCCUGCGAUUUAUCUGUGUUGCCCUGGCUCCUGCCUGCGUUGCUCUUUCCUCCGCGACAACUUGCCUGCUGCUCCUUCCCUCAAGUCGCAGCUAUCCUUGACUCUUUAGGGCGGAACCGUCCACGUGACCCCCCGCAAUGACAAUGACGGCAGCAUCCAUGUAAUGUUGAUAUAAUGACCCAGCCAACAAGACACAGGCCCAUUCCCUGUGCGGCAUCCAACAUUCAAUCAUCCGGUGCUAACGAUUUCUCUGCAGCUCGUCAUUUGAAGUGUGACGGAAACAAGCCGAUAUGCGAGCGGUGCGAGCGGACUGGAGUUUCCUGUAUUUGGGGUCAGACACGUAUUCGAUUUCGUCACGGCUCCAGUGCGAGAUACGAUGCUGACUUCGCGGAUGACCAACCAUGGCUCAAGUCCGAUGGACACGUCAACUACAAGUACGUCGAUGAAACUGCUGAUAUAGCUAGCUGCUAUACGGUGGACUCGAUCCAGGAACCCCCCACGUGGUCCGCUGUGCGAAAUAGAAGCGUUUCCUCCGUAAGCGACUACCACCCUCCGACGGACUCAUCUCCACCUUGUGGAAUCCUAGAAGAAUCACCUUUAACAUUUGAUUUUGCCACAUCAUCGUCAUCAAGACGGCGACGAGUACACGAAGAUCCGAAUCACGAAAGCUUUUCCUUCCAACUAUCUCCACAUGAUGGUCAAUCAAUCAAUUCAUCGCCCCUGAACCCGUCUCAUCCGAGUCACCAGUCACUACGACCGACUGAUAAUAUAUCGCAGAUCGAUAACCGUCUCAUGCAAGCACCCCAGUCGUCUUUCGAUGCACAGGAAGCUUGCUUGAUUCGCUAUUUCAUCGUGGAGCUUGCACAUUGGACACUUUGCUACAACAGUUCCAUUACGGGCCAUGUCAUCCCCCCUUUGAUGAAUGCAAUCUACACAACUUCCGCGAGACAUCUCAGUCGAAUCAGAAAAUACUAUAUGGGUGACGAAAUUCAUUACCAGGGAAAAGUGCUUCCAGACCUGAAGCCGGAGACUGCUCUGUACUACCACAAUCGAUGUAUUGAACAUCUAGUUUCGCUUUCAGAUGAUCCGCUUGAAACUAAAGACGAGGAUCUGCUUGCAGCGGCCGUCAUACUCCGAUUCUACGAAGAGGUCGAUGUUCCAUUCACUGGUGACGAUAUCGAGAAUGCACUAAGCGGUAUUCAGGUGUUCCUUGACGCAGAGGCUAUAAGCACGGCUGCUGGUAGCUCUCUUCGCCGUGCAGCAUACUGGGUAGCUCUUCGCCAGGAGACGAUUACUGCAUUUUCUAAACAACGACCUUUUCGACUCCCACUCGAACCAUGUGAGACAUAUAGAUCAUUCGAGCCGGCCGACGAUUAUGUAUGGGCAAAUCGACUUGUUCUGCACUGUGCAGAUGUGUUGCAAUAUUGUUUCGGAACUGAACAGGAAACUGCCAAUAACCGUGACCGAGCUAAGUAUACAACAAUUACUCCAGGAAUUGUUCUACCGGUGACAAGUCCUGAAAACUUUGCGGGUGCGGAUAUGACCCCCGCUCAUCGUUUAGCUCGGUAUGAGGAGCUUGUCACGUUUGACAAUUUGUGGACAGAGCUUGGACCAUCGUCAUUCAAUGCUAUUCAUUCACGAGAGCCGGAUCGCUCCCGAGGAGAAGUAUUUCCGGAGUACUGGUGCCUCAAUGACUGCCACGUUACCGGUAUACAGCACUUGGAGCUCGCACGGAUUUUACUUGCGGUGUACAACCCAGGGAUCCCUCGAAUGGGGCCGUAUCAUCGCCUUGCCAUGCAGUUAUUGGAUAAAGACGUAAAGUCGACCAUAUUGAGACUGUGUGGUCUUGCUCUGUCAAACCAGCACAGUCCGCCAGGGUUGAUCACUGCUAGUGUAGCCAUUGCUAUGUGUGGUGAUCGAUUCACAGAUGUACUGGAACAAAAAGCCCUACUUGGGGUUCUCAUGAAACUCGAAGACGAGUACGGGUGGCCAACGGUUGGAACACGAGACACGCUUAAGAAAGCUUGGGGAUGGAAGGAUGGCCUUUAGAGUGAUUCGUGGCUCAUUGUUGCCUCUGUUCGUACUCUACCGUUCCAUGGCUUGAUAACAUACGCAAGAUUUGCUUAGGAAUUUAUCAGUUUAGCCUUGAAUCAUGCCAUUUAUCGAAAAAUAAAACUCUAAC